CAAGAUUAUUUACCUGUAAUUUAACAACAACAGUAUCAAACUCCCGUCUUGAUAUCCGGGCAUGUUUCGGAGCACAGGCGUAUCGCCAUUGCGACUCGCUCGGCGGAGAUGGCAGUCUAACACGGCAAACGUCGAGACGCAAGCUGUCAGACGAACGAAACCUUCGAGGUUGUACAGGACGGGGCGGUUCGUCUUGGUCACGGGAGGUGUCGGAGUAGCUGCAUGGCAAGCGGAUGAGAGAUUGAAUGCUGCGGCGAUCACUAGGAGUGCUCGGGCAUUGGCUAUGGGCUUGAUUUGCACGCUUGACUAUAAAUGGAAUUUCAACCCAGAAAACGCCGCCGAUAUCGAGCACAUGCACGAACGGGUCGCACGGCGAUUCCAUCAGACGAUCGUCACCAACCAAGGUCUCUGGAUCAAGGCUGGCCAGGCUCUCGGUCUUCAAGCCGCUCUUCUCCCUAAACCUUAUCGGACAGCCUUUUCCGACAUCUUUGACGACGCCCCGACGGUACCUUAUGCGGAGAUCGAGAAUGUCAUCAAGCAGGAUAUGAAUGGAAAGAAGCCCGAGGAGAUCUUUUCCACGUUCGAACAUGUCGCGGUCAAUUCGGCUAGUAUCGCUCAAGUACACAAGGCGACUGUAAAGAGGGCCGAGAUUGGGAAAGAUGGAAAACCGACGGGAAAGACCUGGAUGGAGGAUGUGGCAGUCAAGAUCCAAAAACCUGCCAUUCGGAAACAGGUCGAGUGGGAUCUCUGGUGUUACCGAUUCUUGAGCGGUCUCGCGGAGAAGCUAUUCGAUAUGCCUAUGGCUUUCGUAGCCGACUACGUAUCGGAGCAGAUGCGAUUGGAAACGAAUUUUUUGCACGAGGCUCAUAAUGCCCAGAAAUGCGCCGCGUUUUUGGCCGACACCCCGGAACUCCGGGACAAGGUGUACGUGCCCAAAGUCUAUCCCGAGGUAGCUGGGACCGAACGGGUCAUGGUCAUGGAAUACGUCAAGGGGUGCAAGAUCACCGACAAGGAAAAGAUCGAGGCCAUGGGGUUCACGCCCAAGGAAGUCAUGGACACGAUGAUCGCCACGAUGAGCGCGAUGACGUUCAAGUGGGGAUUCGUGCACUGUGAUCCUCAUCCGGGUAACAUCCUGGUCAGGCCGCACCCAUCGGAUCCGAAGAAACCUCAGGUGGUCUUGCUCGAUCACGGGCUGUACCAGGACUUGCCCGACAAGUUUCGACGGGAAUACACUUCGUUGUGGAAGAGCCUGUUUACCGUCGACACUGCCGAGAUUCAACGGAUAGCGGGCGAAUGGGGGAUCAACUUGGACGUCAACCUGUUCGCUUCCGCCAUCACCCUCCGACCGUUCCAAGUGGAGAAGAAGGACGACUCGUCGUUGGAAGCCGCCAAGGACGCCAAUGUCAAGCCAAAGACGGAUUACGAGCUCCAGGUCGAGCUCAAGGAGAGGAUCAGGAACAUGUUGGAGAACGAGCAGAAGAUCCCGAGGGAGUUGAUAUUUGUCGGCAGGGCUCAGCGGAUCACGCAGUCGCUGAAUCAGAUUGUCGGUUCUCCGUCGCCAAGACUGAACAUUUCAGCACACUGGGCUCGAAAGGGAUGGAGAGAGAACCUUUCGCCGGGCGAGAGGACGCUCUGGGCUCGGGGUCCUAAAGGAUGGUUACAAGACCGAUCUGAUAGCGUCAUCUAUGGGUUCGCCCUGUUGGCCCUGGAUCUGAGCUUUUGGUCCAGCAGGGUCAGGCAAUGGUGGUAUCGAGGUUCGGAAAAGGGCAAGCAGGGGUGGGAGGACGACCUGAACAAGAAGUUUGCGGGAAUCGCAGAAUCUUAUGGGAUCGCUUGGGACGAGGACCCGUUUUUGGGAUAGAGGAGAAGUUGAAAUGUGCGGGACGUUCAUAUGUGACUGAUAGAUAGAAGGCGACCUUGACCUUCGACUGUAGCGUAUAUCACUCUUCCCGAUGGCAAUAGAUAAUAAAUGAUUGAUAGGAG